CGCAAUUGCUUGUGAACGAAAUUGCUAUGGCCUGUUAACUAGGGUUUGCUGCCUUUUGUGUGAUUUUCUUUAACUUUGAAGUUCGAAGGAGAGCCGAUCCUAAACCUCGUCAACAAGAACAACAUAGAUUCUUGUCACAAGCGAAAUACGCAGGUCAGAUUCAAGAAAAAAAAAGGAUAUGAAAAUCAAGUCCAAGAAAAAAAAAAAAAAAAGAAGGUAAGAAAUUCAAUUGAAGAAUUAUAUGACCCAAACGAAAUUUUGCUGGCAUUGGCAAAAUCAAUUCUGUUAGGGAAGGAGACGAAUUUUGUGUCCUCGCCGGUGUCGCUUCAAGUUAUUUUGGCCAUGAUCGCAUCCGGGCCGAAAGGUCCGACUCAAGACCAACUCCUCUCUUUCCUCAAAUCAAGUUCUAUUGAUGAACUCAAUUCUCGUACUUCUGAGUUGGUCGAUUUGUUAGUCGAGGGCAACUCUUCCUGUAGCCCUCUCGUGUCCAGUGUUAAUGGACUCUGGAUCGAUAAACGGGUAACAAUUAAGCCCGAAUUCAGAAAGGUUAUGGAUGAGGUUUAUAAGGUUCAUUCCGCCCAAGUUGAUUUCCAGAACAAGAAGGAAAAUGCUUGUGAGGUGGUGAAUGCCUGGGCUGAAAAGGAAACAAACGGUCUCAUCAAGGAUCUUCUUACCCCUAAGGAUAUCUCGAGCGUGACAAGUCUCAUUAUCGCGAACGCGCUCUAUUUCAAAGGAGCAUGGCAAGACAAGUUUGAUGCAUCAAAGACAAAAGAUGCAGAAGGAGGCGGACUCAAUGACGCGAUAGACUCUCCUGCGCCUUACCUUUCCAUUUUCCAGAAGUGUUUUGUAGACGUAAAUGAAGAAGGGAGGGAAGCCGCUGGUAUAAGUGUCGCGGAGGUGUGUGGGUGUGUACAAGGCGAACCAGAAAAACUAGACUUUGUCGCCGAUCACCCGUUCCUUUUCCUCAUAAGAGAAGACUUGACCGGAGCAGUGUUGUUCAUGGGAUGCGUGGUUAAUCCCAUUGAAUUCUAAUGUAACCACUACUGAUACUUUGUGCUAUAUUGAUUAAUUAGUUAAAAGGACAAUUGUUUUCUUAAUUACUUGCUCCAAAUGAUUAUUUUCUGCAAGCAAGUCUUACUGUCUUAGAAUAAUAGGACACCAAUCAUCUUUUGUUCUUAUCUACUAUAUGGCGAAGAUAUCAAUUAGCUUUUAUUUUGUGAGGUGAUAUCAUGGUGAUUGAUGAC